CCCCGCAGGUGCCCGGUGUGACGGCGGCGGGGGGGGGGGGGGUGCGGUGGGUGCGGCCCCUUUAAGGGGGAGUGCCCGGAAGGGCGCGCGCCCCGCCCGGCCCCGCCCCCGCCCCGCAGCGCACCGGCCCCGGUGGGGCGCGGUCCGUGCGGCGGUAGCGGGAGGCGGUGCGGGACGGGACGGGACAUGGCGGGGCCACCGCCGCGGCCGCUGGGGCUGUUGCGGCUGCUGCCGGGGCUGCUGCUCCCGCUGCUCCCGCUGCUCCCCGCCGCCGCCUUCAACCUGGACCGCGCCUUCCCGGUGCUCAAGGAGGGCGCGACCCCCGGCGGCUUCUUCGGCUUCUCGGUAGCGCUGCACUGGCAGACCGAGCGGCGGGAGCGCUACCUGCUGCUGGUCGGGGCCCCCCGAGAUGUGGAGCCGGCAAACGGCACGCGGACGGGCGCCGUCUACGCCUGUCCCCUCACCGCCUCCACGAGCGACUGCCAGCGGCUCGACAUCCAGUUGAAGAGUGAGCCGGACAAGGCCAUCAUCGAUGACAUGUGGCUGGGGGUGACGGUGGCCAGCCAGCGGCAGCCGGCCGGGAGGGUGCUGGCCUGCGCUCACCGUUACACCAAGGUGCUGUGGUCGGGCAGCGAGGACCAGCGGCGCAUGGUGGGCAAGUGCUACGUGCGGGGCAACGACCUGCGCCUCAACAUCAGCGACGAGUGGCAGACCUACCACAACGAGAUGUGCAACUCCAACACCGACACCGACGAGACCGGCAUGUGCCAGAUGGGCACCAGCGCCGGCUUCACCGCCAACAUCAUCUAUUUCGGGGCACCCGGUGCCUACAACUGGCAAGGUACCGACUACAUGCUGCAGCGGGAGAUGUGGGACCUGCACGACUUCUCCUUCCCCAACAAGAAGAAUGGCAAUACCUAUAUAGGGUACACGGCGGAGGUGGGCAGCGCGGUGCUGCAGCAGGACGCGGUGACAGUGGUGACGGGCGCCCCCCGGUACAAGCACACGGGCGCCGUGUACCUGCUGAGCCGCAGCCCCCAGCAGACGCUGCAGAGGAGCCUCCUGCUCCCCGGACACCAGGUCGGCUCCUACUUCGGCAGCGCCGUGGCCCUGGCAGACCUCAACAGCGACGGGUGGCAGGACCUGGUGGUGGGAGCCCCCUACUACUUCCAGCGCAAGCAGGAGGUGGGGGGCGCAGUCUACGUCUACAUGAACGAGGUGGGGGGCUUCCAGCCCCACCCCAGCCUGGUCCUCACCGGUCCCAGUUACUCCGCCUUUGGUUUUGCCGUGGCCAGCAUCGGGGACAUCAACCAGGACGGCUUCCAGGACAUCGCUGUGGGGGCUCCUUUCGAGGGUCCCGGCAAGGUCUACAUCUACCACAGCAGCGCGGAAGGGCUGCUGGACAAACCCCGGCAGGUGAUCAGCGGGUUGGAUCUGGGCCCCGCCAGCACGCGGACCUUCGGGUACUCGCUGAGCGGGGGGGUGGACGUGGACGGUAACUUCUACCCCGACCUCCUGGUGGGCAGCUUGGCCGAGAGGGUGGUCCUGCUCAGAGCUCGGCCCGUCAUCAACAUCUUGAACAAGACCUUCACAGUGACCCCCAGCAAGGUGGACCCUGCCCGGUGCACCCCCGAUUCCUGCAUCACGGUGACCGUCUGCUUCGCCUACAAGCAGAGCGCCGGGGACCCCAAGUACCAGGAGGAGAUCACCCUGGAGUACACCCUGGAGGCUGACAAGGACCGGCACCCCCCCCGCGUCAGGUUUUUGGGGACCCACUCUGCCACCUACCACGGCGUCUUCCCCAUGCCCAGGACCCGCUGUGAAUCCAAGGAGCUCCUGCUGCUGGAGAACAUCCGGGACAAGCUGCACCCCAUCGUGCUCUCCAUGAACUACUCGCUGGUGGAGAAGUCCAGGACCUUCCAGCUGGGUCCCCACUCCCUCGACGCCUUCCCUGUCCUCAACCAGGACCAGUCCCACGAGAACGAGACCAAGAUCGAGUUCCAGAAGGAGUGCGGCUCCGACAACAAGUGCUACAGCAACCUCCAGCUCCAGAGCGGCUUCGUCACCGACCAGAACCAGCCCCUACCCAGGCUGAACGGUACCCAGGUGCUGCAGUACAGCCGGGACGUGCGGAAGCUCUACCUGAGCAUCAACAUCACCAACGCGCCCACCACCCCUUCCAACGGCGAGGACGCCCACGAGGCGCUGCUCAACGUCACGGUGCCACCCAGCCUGCUGCCCUCCUCCGUCCGCCCGAGCGGAGCCUGUACGGUUGCAGAGACGGUGCUGUGUGAGCUGGGCAACCCUUUUAAGAGGAACCAGCGGGCAGAGCUGAUCAUCGUCUUCGAGGCCAUCGGGAUCAUGCUGGACACGCGGGAGAUCUUGGUGUGGCUGGAUUUGUCCACGCAAAGCACCCAGGAGGACCUGCAGCCCGUGCUGGCCAAGCUGCUGGUGGACUACAGCAUCCAGUCCUCGCUGGCCAUAGCCCCCUCCCACGCCCAGUCGCACUUCAGCGGGACGGUGGUGGGUGAGUCGGCCAUGCGGAGCGAGCAGGACGUGGGCAGCCCCCUCGCCUUCGACUUCCAGGUGACUACCAAGGGCGAGUCACUGGGCAACCUGGGCACCAUCCUGCUUGGCUUCGAGUGGCCCUACGAGAUCCCCAACGGGAAGUGGCUCCUCUACCCCACCGAGAUCCUCGUCAACGGCAACGAGACCUGCCAGCCCCCCGGGGGGGUCAUUAACCCCCUCAACCUCACCUUGCUGGAGGACCAGGCUCCGUCCCGGCGGAGACGGGAGCUGGAGGCCCCCGAGCCAGCCGAGCCCCCCGUCACCCUGGCCACCGCCAAGAAAGCCAAGUCGGAGGUGGUGCUGAGCUGCUCCAAGGGCACCGCUCGCUGCAUCUGGUUCGAGUGCCCCCUCCUCCAGACCCAGCACCCCACCACCUUCAGCGUCCGCGCCCGGGUGUGGAACAGCACCUUCAUCGAGGAGUACAGCGAUUUUGACCGGGUGAAGGUGGACGGCACAGCGACGCUCUUCCUCCGGACCCACGUCCCCACCAUCAACAUGCGGAACCACACGGUGCGGUUCUCUGUGGACGUGGACUCGGAGCUGACGGAGGAGCAGCCGGCCGAGAUCGCGCUGUGGCUGGUGCUGGUGGCGGUGGCGGCCGGGCUGCUGCUGCUGGGGCUGAUCAUCCUCCUGCUCUGGAAGUGCCACUUCUUCCAGCGGACCCGCUACUACCGGAUCAUGCCCAAGUACCACGCCGUGAGGAUCCGGCAGGAGCAGCGCUACCAGCCUGGUGGCCUCCUGCCCCGCCGCCGCAAGAAACACUGGGUGACCAAGUGGCAGGAGCCGGAGAAGUACUACUGACCCCCCUGCCCGCCCCCCCCGGCCCCCUGUGCCAGGGGAGCACCAGGGCCGGUGUUUUUGACUUUGCACAAGUGCAUCUCUCCCUGCCCAAAUCCCCCUCCCCUCCUUCGGAUGCGGCUGCAUCUCAGCGCUGGCUUCUGCCUGCUCCUCUCCGCUUGCCCGGGCUCGCAGCCCCGCUCUCGCACGCUCGUGCCUUGCACGCUCAGGGGGACGCGCCCCCCCCCAUCCCCUGAGGUGACCACUGCUGGUCUCAGAGUGCCUUCUCCCCGCCGUUCUGCGCAGACACUCCUCCUGCCGUGUCCCGCACAGGUCCUUGCACCCUGUGACCCGUCCUCGCAGGCCGGGACACAUCCCUGCGCAUCAGGACACGUCCUUGCACGCGGGACACGCUCGCCCCACACCCCCCGCCCAUGCACCCCCCCUUCCCUCGGCACUGGGUACAUGCUGUGGUGGGGAGGGGGGUGGUGGGAGCUCGUUCCUUCCUCCCCUGCCGCCGCCUCCUCCCCAAAGUGGUGCAGGGGCCCGAUCCUGCAUGUUCACAAUCCCCCCCCUAGUCUGCAUCGGACGCAGCUUUGGCUUGGGGGGGGUGCAGAGCGUGAGGUUGUGUCCCCUCUGCCCGCAGCCUCAUCUCCUGGGGUCUGUCCCACGCCACGGACGCUGCCCCGCGGGUUAAGUUAUUCCGUGUCUCUCCUCGGCGUUUUGGUGUUGAGCCCCGUAGCGCGGUCGGUACUGGGGGCUGGGGGGUUCCCACCCCCCCCGGCCCCUGCUCGUCCCCCCCCACC